GGGGGAUUGAGGAGGGAGCAGGCAACCGAGCAGCACAGCCCAGGUGUGUUGGUUUAAGCAUUAGGUCAUUCCCAGCGAGACGUGGCUGACUGGGGUGUGUGUUCUGUACUGGAGUUUUCCAGUUGUUUCUUGAAUUCCGCCUUCCCUUGUUCUCUCAGUGCAGCCUGACACCUCUCUAUGUGCAGAGAUCUUUUAUUGCUGUCUUACUGCUGGUGGAAGCCCGAGGAGAAGCUGUUUGUCGCUCACUCCUCUCUAUAGCUUUGAAACUUGGAAGGGGCCAGAGCAGCCUUGAGAACAGCAGGCUGCAGGAACUUCUGCAUGCCUGCUCUGCCUUUCCUUUCCUGCCCAUGCCUGGGCUGUCACCAUGGUGUUGCUGCGUGUGGCUUCCUGACGUGCUGUCACAUCCACGUGGCUCCAAAUAUUUCCCUUCCUUCCAUUCAUUCACAGUCCCAAAGGUAUGAAGUAUCAGAGCAGAAAGGCUGAUAUGAUGGGAGGUGCUCACAGAAGGCCUGGGGCCGCUUCCUGGCCAGCCCUGCUGCCAGCCCAUCCAGAGUGUGGGUGUGAGCAGGGCCCAGCAGCUGGGGAACUGGGAUCGUCAAGCUGACCCCCUUUAGCAGGUUGUUACAGUCCUAGAAGCACGCUGAGGGUUGUAGAUAGAUGUAUCUAAAGUAAAUGUUUCUGUGUUGGAGAGCAGAAAGGAUCCCUGCAGCAUCUCUGAUCCUGCUGAACUCCUCUCAUGCUGGAAAUCCUGAAGGACUUUGCAGAAACCCUUUUUGACUUUGGCCAGCUCUGCAAGGCUGCCUGGGGGUGAAAGUAAGAGAAGCUUUUGGUACGACUUCCCUCCUCAGUGUCAGUGGUGCAAUGUUGGAAAUCGCCAGGUAUACCCUUGGCUGGCCAAAGUCCUGCUUGAAAGUAAAUUACGCUUUCAAAGAGUCGUCAUUUCGGGCUGUCACAUGUACCUCAGCUCCCAGGGCUGAGUACUUGUGCAGCUUCCCUGGGAAUCUAUAAAAGCCCUUUUGGCAGUUUGGCAGCUGGGUGUACAUGUGGCUGUGAUUUUUGCUUCCCGGGGGCUCAAAAGUGGUUUAUCCUGAGCACUUCCUUGCUCCUAGAAAAGUUGAGGAUUAAAUGCAUCGUACUGAAAACAAAACCAGAAUUAAGUAACUGGUGUUUGGCGAGGCGGUGUUUGCUGUAGCUCCUGUAUAUAAAUUGCCUGCAGGACACGAUGCAGUCACGGCAGCAGAGUUUUGUAACAUCGUGUUUUUCAUCUUGGUUUACAUUCUUGGGCUGAGGAGUGCACGAUAUGGAGAGGUGAUUUCUCCUUGAAAGAGCCUGAGAAAUUCACAGGAAAACUUGAAGCAAUUACAAAGUGUGGUAAUAAUCAUGUGCUUCUCUUGUGGGUUCCAUGGGUCAGAGGGCAGGUUGGUGCAGGGCUCUUCCCUGUUCUUGUUUUCUUGCCAGGAAACAUACGGACAGUGUGAUAACUCCUCUCAGGCUUAGGGAAUUCUGUAUGUUAUCAGUGAGCAGGGCGGGCUGUGUAAAAUUAGAAACCCACUUCCAAUUCACUUCCCGCUCACCCAGGGAUGCGCAGACAGACUGAGCUCUGGGGGAGCGGAGGCACACACUGAAUUGCCAUGGAAAUCUGUUUCUCUUUCGUCCCAGAUGAAGUGUGUGUGGUACCCAUGGGUGUGAGCCCAUUUUCUGGGAUGGUGGCAGAGCACUGAAGUCCCUCUGGUCAGAGGGCGUGCAUCCUCACAGCAAUGUGCCCAGCUCUGCAGCUGCUGGGUGUGAUGGCACUGGCUGAGCCAGCUCCAGCUGGAGGUUUCUCUGCUCCCCAUCCGAUAAGUGAGUUAAAAGCAGCAGGAGAGCCGCCCACACUCACUCUGUUAUCGAUGCCAGAUGUCGAGUGAAGCUUUCUAUUAAGCUCAUUCUCUUCAUCCUGGAUCCUACUCGUUCCCAGAGUGCUGGCAGUGUUUAGCUUAGCGUUCUGGGAAUGGGAUGGUUGUGAAAUCCCCCUAGACAGCUGUACGCUUGGGCAUGCAUGUUUGGUGGCCAGAACAGAGCAGCUGUUUGCACCCGUUCCUCCAGCAGCAUCUUCUGGGUCGCUGUCAGCUCAGCCAGGCAGGAUGAAGCUGUGAGCUGCCAAUAUGGUCAGUUGAUAGCCUCUGGACUUUCCCUUCUCAGUCUGCUCCAAGGUGAAGACUCAGGGAGUGCAGCAUCAGCACAGAGGAAGCACACGUGCUUUCAGAGGUCUGUGGCAUGCUUUGUGAGCACUGGGUCUGCACAGCUGGAGCAGUGGGUGGCUGCAGAGAUUUUUGGGUGCAGGAAAUGCUUGGCCACUUUUUGCUAAGAGAUGGACGUUCUGGAGAGCUAAAAGCUUAACUUCUAUUCCCUUUCUUGUGUACUCCACUCUGAUUUGUUUCCAGCACUGGAGGCACUCUCCUGGAUCAGGUUUAUGUUUCUCACCUCUUCUGAUUAAUUCAGUUGCCUGUGUUUCCUCAGUGGAGAACUCCUACUUCUCCGUUUGUAUUAGCUUUGCUUUCUUAGAAUCGCAUUGGUUUGGAGAGCUUUGAUAUUCCAAGAUAGGGGGUGCACCAGCAAGAUCAACUUCCUGAAGAAAUACUGUAUGCAAACUGUUCACCCAAAUACCCAGGGAAGCAGAGAAGCUGUGAGGGCACAAAGUUCUUGAAAUGACCAAGGGAUCUCGUUGUUUGCAUUCUCCUUGGGGAACAGGUGGGGAUUUUAAGUGUUCACCAUCAGAGAUUCAUGUUUUUAGGUCCCUGUUCUGUUCCACACAAGUGGGGUGCUGAACAAACAAUCAUAUUGCCAACAGCGUUCAGCAAGGUGUGCGGGCCACAGGCUGGCAAUAAAUAGGUCACUGCUGUCACUGAGCUGGCACAGAUCUCCUUCAGGCCUGUCCCACAUCUGCAUUUUGAUGUGCUGAUGCAGAGCAGAGCCACGACCUGUUGUGGCAUUGUGUUUCCAGCCCCUAGCUGUGUGCUCUACUCCCAGUCCCACCGUCCCCUCCUCCCUUGGUGCUGUGUUACACCUCUGCAUGGCCGAGCAAGCUGCAGCUCCUUGCUGCCUUGCAGGUGUUUUCCUGUGCUCAGGGUGUUCAUGUUGUAGAGUCUUCGUUGGCAGCAGAACCGGCAGUGAGGCAGGGAGCUCCAACGCUUCCUUUGGCUGGCUCUUAAAAAAGCUGAUUUUCUUGCCUGGCACAAAACAGUGAUUGUAUCUAUUGUUUCCCUGAAACUUUUUGUUCUGUAGUUAUUUUCAUCUAUUAUCACAGGCAAGGGAAGUCUUGUGGCAGGAUCACUGCUUGGUGAAAAGCCUCUGCGAGUCCCUUUGCAUUUGCACAGGAUAAGAGUAUGUGAUUUAAAGCUGGGAUGUGCCUUGUCUUCGUGUGCUUCUUGGGGGAGUCUGACCUGCUGCUUCCUGUUUGUUCUCUCCUUAUCCAACAUAGCAGCCCCCGAUGUGGAAAACGGGGGAGGUGUCCUGGGCUGUGUGUGAGAUCUGUAGUGCUGCCUUUAUAAUGUGAUGCUCAGCUUUCUAUAUGAAGUGGACAAAGCACCUGGCUUGGUCCUUGCUGUUACAAGUAGUGGAAAAAGUUCCCCUGCUGCACGGCAGAUCAUGUGUUUGCCUCAUGAAUAGAUUGCUGUGAGCUGGCUCUGCCCUGGCUUUAGCACUGCUACCCACACUCUUCUGGAGGUGAGGCCAGCAGGGGUGAAGCAGCAUCAGUUACAGAAGGCCUGCAUACAAACGUGCAAAGCUGGUGGUGUAGCACUUGUUUGUUAGUGAGAGUUUCCUUGCUGAUAAAAGCCUUGCACUCAGCUUUGUACCAACAAGUACCUUGCAUUGUAAAGCAAAACUGAAUUAUUGGAAAGGAGCUGACCUUAUGCAUUGCCUGGGCAGGAGGAAGCAAUGUUGGAAGCAGGGCUGCCUUCCAGAAGUCAGUACGUAGCCCCAGGUUAGCAGUCUUGGUAAGUUUAAAACCAGCUGAUGGUGAAUGUUUCCUAAGGAAGGGACACACUCUGCUGAGAGAGAGAAAGCACGCUGUGUGGGCUCUGCUUCCAAGGCACAGGCUGCCUCAUGCUCUCUGGUCUGUCCUUCCAGUUCCCUGUUUUCAAGGUGUGACACCUGCAUGGGACCAGAGAGCACGUGUUGGGGGACAGCAAGUGGUGGAGACAGGAAAAGGGAGGUGAUGUUCAGAGCCAGUGAAAGGGCAGGAGGAUUGCUGACUUUGGCUUGUAACUGCAGAUAGUAAUUGUCUCUUCCUUUUUGGUUAUUGGCUGUGAUUACAAAUCAAAGGUGACAGCCCCAGGGAGAGGAGAACUAGAUUUUUACAAGCAACUUUGGUGUAACCAAUUGCAGAACUGUGUUGUGGGCAAAGGUAUUUCUCAUGCAGAUGCUUGAUACUGGAGGAGGAAAGAGGAUUAGAAGCCAGAACUUGUGUACUGGUGGAACCAGCAGCAUCUGAGGUCAGAGGACAUGAAUGCAUUGAAGGAGGGUGAGAUGCAUGCGGCAUUGGAGGUACCCAGCCCUUCUCCAGUGUGUGAGAUCUACCUGUGGGAUGACAAACUGGAGGCAGUUUGGAUGUGUCUGCUUGGAAAAAACUUCGAUUCCCUCAGUAAAGAAAAUGUGUAUGAGAACAACAAGUUGGCAUUUCGAGUGGCGUCAGAGCAGCUGGGGAUCCCAGCCCUGCUGGAUGCAGAGGAUAUGGUUGCUCUGAAGGUACCAGACAGGCUGAGCAUCAUUACCUACGUUUCCCAGUAUUAUAACUACUUCCAUGGACGUUCUCCUAUUGGAGGCAUGGCUGGAAUCAAGCGUUCUUCCUCUGAACUUCAGGAGCAGCCUGCUGGGAAGAAAGCUGUUCCAGGGCCUCCUAAGCCAGUGUCUCCAAAACUGCCUCCUGCACACCCACCAGCCAAAGCUAAGCCAAAAGAAGCCUCCCCAGUCACCACAAAGGGUGUCCUGACAGAGAGUGGGAACAUCCGUAGCAGCUGCUGUGGGAUCUGUGGGAGCCACGUCCACCUGGUACAGCGCCACUUGGUUGAUGGGAAGCUCUAUCACAGGAAUUGCUUCAGGUGCAGGGAGUGUUGGAAUGUGCUUCUUCCUGGAAGCUACAAAGCUGGGCCUGAGCCUGGUACAUUCAUCUGUACCAGCCACCAGCAGCCAGACAAUGUCCAGAUCUCUGGGCUCAGCAGCACGCGGAACAAACCUGAGAGCACCCCAGCCCCUACUAGUGCCAGAGCAUUGCAGAAAGCAGCAGAACCCAAGAAACAGGAGCAGGUGUUGAAGAAGCCGAGCCAGGAAGGCCUUGCUAAUUCAACCAAGCCAUCUGUUUCAUCUUCUGGAAGCUCUGGCUUCCGAAGUCUAAAUACUCCAUGGUCGUCUUCAGCUGUAAAUAAAUCAGAAGACUGCAAAGGUACUCCAUUGGGAAAUAAAACAUAUCAUCAUGAAGGUACCACAUCAGGACCUCUUUGGACAACCUCCAAAACAAAAACACAGCAGGCCCGUGAAAAUUUUUUUCAGUCAUUAGAGUCCUCCAGCAACAAAACCUCUGAUGCUAAAAGCCACGACCCUUCUCAUAGCUCUGGUAAAAUUUCCUCUGGCAGAACUGCUGCUGGGGUCACUCCAGCAAAGAUUGAGAAGGCUCAGGCACGUAACCAUAUUAUACAAGCUUUGGCUGGAUCAAACAUCUCUCCAAGCAGGCCAGGAGGACGCAGUUCUACUGGCUCUUCAGCAUCUAGUAGUAGCAACUUUUCUCCUUCCAGUUCCCAGUCACAGAGUCCAGCUCUGAAAGCACAGACCAGCAAAACAGGCUACACAGCACCAAAACAGGAAAAGAUCGCAGAACCUCUGCCCAAGAGUCAGACUACCAGCAAACCUGUUGAAUCUGUGCACAAGCCAGAGUCAAAAGGCCUCAAAGGAACUGUGAAUGCUGGUGAAGACAAGUCUGAGAGCCCAGCAGACUGGAGAUCUCGGUUGAAGCCUGUGGCCAACAAAGACCAGGCUGGCUCUAAGAAGCCUACUGAUCACUCACAGGUGGGAACAGGGAGCCCAACACAGAAGGAGAAAAAGCCAACUCCAUUAGUUGUUCCAUCAGCAAAGCAGGAGUCCGCUUCCUCUGGUGGAAUCCUUAAGAAGAAGUUGAUCCCCAGCUCAGAUCUUAUGAGCUUUCAAGGCUGGAAAGAUUAUGGGGUUUCUGCCAAGAAGGAGGAAGAGAGCAACCACCAGUUGAAACAAAACACUGUCACAUUUGAACCCUCUGUUCCAAAAAGCAUCCAGAGCAUUGAAGCAGUGUCACCAACCAAGCUGCACCCAGACUACAUCCCUGAGGAGGAAAUCCAGAAGAAGGUGCAGGACAUUGAGAAGCAGCUGGAUGUGCUGGAAUUGAAAGGAGUGGAUCUGGAGAAGCAACUGCGUGGCUGUGAAGGAGAUGAGUCCGAGGAUGCCCUCAUGGUGGAUUGGUUCAAGCUGAUCCACAAGAAACAGCUGCUGCUAAGGCAGGAGUCAGAGCUGAUGUACAAGAUGAAACAGCAGAAUCUGGAGGAGCAGCAGUGGAACAUUGAGUUGGAGCUGAGACGUCUCGUGGACAAGCCAGAGUAUCUGAAGACACGCAGAGAGAAGGAACGUGAAAAGGAGCUGCUGGAUUCAUAUGUGAACACAGUCAAUGAUCGGAAUAAUAUUGUGGAGUGCCUGGAUGAGGACAGAAUCAGAGAGAAAGAGGAGGACCAGAUGCUGGCAGACAUGAUCCGGAAGUUGGAUGGAUCUCUCGAGGGCCAGGAGUCAGAGAAGAAGAAGAGCAAAUUCAGCUUGUCCAAACUAUGGAAGCAGAAAAACAAGAGUUAAACUCAGGAGUGAUGUUACUCUGCACGCUGGUGCAGAGAGGACUGUCAAAGGGAUGUUCUUUUCUUGCUGCUGCUUUCCUGGAUUUGUGCAGGAUGGUGACGAGGCUUCUUUCCUCUCUGACGUGGAGACUGUAGGCUUGCAGAUCAAAGGGACAGUGUGAGUCCUCUCACUGGUGUGAGGCACACCUUUCCUUCUUUGAAUCUAGCCCAGAGCUGGCUUCAGCCUUGGUGGCAGCUCAGCAGGAUAGAACUCAGUUUGCCCAUCCACUGCUUAGGUCAUUACAGUCCUGAAUCAGGGAGCACGGCACUGUGUGUCACCCCACAGUGCCCGACUCACAUCAGCCAGGGCUAUGCCAAGGGUACUGUGCUGGUUUCCAAAAUGGCAGUUCUUUCUCCCUCCCUGCAUCUCCUUUGGCAGAAAGAGAGAUACUAUGGGUCACGAGGGAUCAAUGGUCUCCCCCUUAUUUACACCCAUGCAAACUGGAGUUUCAGCCCCCGCAGCCAGGGGAAGCAGACACCAGAAUUACCUGUGGGUUGGGAUGUCCUAGACCCAGAGAUGUUUCAGCAGUAGUGCUGUUUCCAGACCUCCUUGUGGGAGUUGCUGUAGGCUGGUUUCUCAGAGCCAUGAAGGGCUGCUCGCUGCUUCAUUCCCUCUAUGGGGGAGAUUUUUAACUCGUUUCUCUCACUGCACAGUGAAGCAUGGUUUUCAUUGCUUUUGGCCCACCAUGCUGAAGGCAAACAGAAGUCUUUUAACAGCCUUAUGCUAACAGGGAGCAGAAGUGCAUAACUGGGUUUGUCUUGCCCACCAGUUUUCUGUGUAGGACAAGCACUCAUCUCCUGAGUCUCUGUCCCUGGUUAUCCGGUGCCCUCAAGGGUUGCCAUGGUUCACCUUAAUGGAACCAGGGCAGUAAUGAGCAGUGCAAAGUAGGCGCUGGGCUGCUGGCAGUGUGUCUUUCUCCUCCUCACUCAGCCUAGAGUGACUGCAGCCAAACAGCUGCCCUACGUGGCAUCGGCCUUUGCACAGUCAACCCUGGGAGCAGGGAUAGAGAUCGGCAGGGGAAGAUGAGAAUCAUUCGUGAUGCCUCUAGCUCUAAUGUGCACUCCCCCUUGCUCCCUUCUUCCCUCCGUGCCAGGGUACUCCACGAUUUCCCUGCGUCCUGUUCUCCAGCAGGGCCUGGGAUUUUUCAGUGAGGGGCUUUGCUGCCUGCUGUGCCCGGUGGCAGAGCAGAGGCGAUGCGUCCCUCACCCACGAGGUGGCAGUGGGACUCUCCGUCCGAGGCAGCUUGCCCUGGGCACCGCAGGGGGGAUCUCGGUGGGGUGCCCACAGCGCGUGUGUGUGCGGUGGGACGCCCUGUACCUGCCUAUGUUUUCGUCCAAUAAAGAGCUGCUGGUGCACA